GGGGAGAGAGCAGCCGGGAGCCAAGACUGACAGCGAGGAGAGGCAGGACCGAGGGACGCGGGGACGCUUGGAAGGUGGCCCGGGGCCCUGCGGUGGAGUGACUGGAUCCUGGCUACGACGCGCGGAAGGUGAUCGUAGCCCCGGGCCGGGGGAUGCUGCGGACGCUGGCUGUCCAUCUUGCGGCGGAGGAGUUGGGCUCCGUGGCUGCGGUGCUGAGCCGGAGCCUGGGUGGAGAGGAGGAGGAUCGAGAGGAAGGCAGCCGCGACUGAGGAAGGCUCUGCGCGGGAAGGAGUUGCGGGACUGGAGCAGAGCGGUGUCCCCGGGUCCCGCGAAGUGCGCAGCGCAGACAAUAAAGUAGCUGGCGACAGCCCCGCGCGCCCAAGGGAGGAAGCAGCAGAGCAGGCUUUGAGGAGAAAUCCAGAAGAAAGAAUGUGGGGAAGGAAAAGAUGACGUCUGUGCAGAGCCAACAGAACCUGAGGAUACUUACAGUGAAGAGAGGUGCACAGCGAGAGAAAACGUACUAGUCAAAGAUGACAGAAGGCAGGCACUGCCAGGUACACCUGCUGGAUGACAGGAAAUUGGAGCUGCUGGUUCAGCCCAAACUUUUAUCAAGAGAGUUGCUGGACCUCGUGGCUUCGCAUUUCAACCUGAAAGAAAAGGAGUACUUUGGAAUAACAUUUAUAGACGACACAGGUCAGCAGAACUGGCUGCAGCUGGAUCACCGCGUUCUGGAACAUGAUUUGCCUAAGAAGCCAGGGCCUGCUACCCUGUACUUUGCUGUCAGGUUUUACAUCGAGAGCAUAUCCUUCCUGAAGGACAGAAACACCGUGGAGCUGUUUUUCCUGAACGCAAAGGCCUGUGUCCACAAGGAACAAAUCGAAGUAGACAGUGAGACCAUCUUCAAGUUGGCAGCCCUGGUUCUGCAGGAAGCCAAAGGAGAUUACAGCAGUGAUGAGAACGCCAGGAAAGAUUUGAAGUCACUGCCAGUCUUUCCAACCAAAACCCUUCAGGAGCAUCCCUCACUUGCCUACUGUGAGGACAGGGUGAUUGAGCACUAUUUGAAAAUCAAAGGUCUAACUCGGGGUCAAGCUGUGGUCCAGUAUAUGAAAAUAGUAGAAGCUCUACCCACCUACGGAGUCCAUUACUAUGCAGUAAAGGAUAAACAGGGACUUCCUUGGUGGCUUGGAAUCAGCUACAAAGGAAUUGGCCAGUAUGAUUUACAAGACAAAGUGAAGCCUCGGAAAUUAUUUCAAUGGAAGCAGCUGGAAAACUUAUAUUUUCGUGAGAAGAAAUUUGCUGUUGAGGUGCACGAUCCACGAAGGAUCUCAGUGUCUAGAAGAACCUUUGGGCAGAGCGGCCUGUUUGUGCAAACCUGGUAUGCGAACUCAUCUCUUAUCAAGUCCAUCUGGGUAAUGGCCAUUAGUCAACAUCAGUUCUACCUGGACCGGAAGCAGAGCAAAGCAAAAAUACCCUCAGCCAGAAGCUUAGAUGAUAUAGCAAUGGAUUUAACCGAGACAGGAACACAAAGGGUCUGCAAACUGGUGACCCUGGAGGCAAAAAGUCAGUUCAUCAUGGCAAGCAACGGCAGCUUAAUCUCCUCAGGUUCUCAAGACUCAGAAGCUGGUGAGGAGCAAAAGCGGGAGAAAAUCCUAGAACUCAAGAAGAAGGAGAAAAUGUUGCAAGAAAAACUCCUGAAGAAAGUGGAGGAGCUGAAGAAGAUCUGUCUGCGUGAGGCUGAGCUCACUGGCAAAAUGCCAAAGGAGUAUCCACUGAACAUAGGCGAGAAGCCCCCUCAGGUCAGGAGGCGAGUGGGGACUGCGUUCAAGUUAGAUGACAACUUGUUGCCUACUGAGGAGGACCCGGCUUUACAAGAACUGGAGAGCAAUUUCCUAAUACAGCAAAAGCUAGUUGAAGCUGCAAAGAAACUUGCCAAUGAGCCAGACCUUUGUAAAACUGUGAAGAAAAAGCGGAGGCAAGAUUACACAGAUGCGGUAAAAAGGCUUCAGGAGAUCGAAAAUGCGAUCAACGAAUACCGAAUCCGAUGUGGGAAGAAACCCAGCCAGAAAGCAGCUGUUAUGGUACCAGAAGAUAUAAUUCCAUCAGAGAGUAGCUCUUUGUCUGAUACCACCACCUAUGAUGAUCCCAAUGACUCCUUCACUCUUGCUGGGCAGCGACCAAGUUCAGUACCUCAUUCUCCAAGAAUUCUACCCCCCAAGUCUCUUGGUAUUGAGCGACUCCACUUCAGAAAAUCCUCCAUCAAUGAACAGUUUGUGGACACCAGGCAGUCCAGAGAAAUGCUAUCAACACACAGCAGCCCUUACAGAACUCUGGAGAGGCGGCCACAGGGAGGACGGAGCAUGCCUACUACACCAGUCCUGACCCGAAAUGCCUACAGCAGCAGCCACCUGGAACCCGACUCUUCAGCUCAGCACUGCCGCCAGCGGAGCGGAAGCUUGGAGUCCCAGUCCCACCUGCUCUCCGAGAUGGACAACGAUAAGCCAUUUUUCACCCUUUCCAAAUCCCAAAGAAGCAGCAGCACUGAAAUCCUGGAUGAUGGGUCUUCCUACACCAGCCAGUCAAGCUCAGAGUAUUACUGUGUGACACCCACUGCUGGACCUUAUUACACCACCCAGACUCUAGACACCCGAGCCAGGGGGCGACGGAGGUCAAAGAAACAGAGUGUUUCUACUUCAAAUUCAGGAAGCAUGCCCAACCUAGCACAAAAGGAUACUUUGAGGAACGGAGUCUACUCCAAGGCUCAAGAACCACCUCCUUCUAGUUACUAUAUCCCUGGCUAUGCGACAUACGCGGAGUGUGACCUAUAUUACAGUGGUGGUUAUGUCUAUGAGAAUGACACUGAGGGACAGUACACUGUCAAUCCUUCUUACCGGUCCUCAGCCCACUACGGAUAUGACCGCCAAAGGGACUACAGCAGAUCCUUCCAUGAAGAUGAGGUAGACCGUGUACCCCAUAAUCCAUAUGCAACUCUCCGGCUGCCCAGAAAGGCCGCUGUGAAAUCUGAGCACAUCACCAAAAACAUCCACAAGGCCUUAGUUGCUGAGCACCUGCGUGGCUGGUACCAGAGGGCUUCUGGGCAGAAGGAUCAGGGGCACAGCCCACAGACUAGUUUUGACUCAGACAGGGCAUCACAGAGAUGCCUGGGAUUUGCUGGGCUGCAGGUGCCCUGUUCUCCAAGCAGUCGAGCAUCUUCUUACUCUUCAGUGUCUUCUACAAAUACUUCUGGGAACUGGAGGACCCAGGUAACUGUAGGGCUGUCUGACUACGAGACUCCAGUGCACUCUCCCUACGCCAGCUGUUAUGGCAGCAUCUACAAUCCUUUGCCCUCUCCAAGCAGACAGUAUGCAGAGACCACUCCGCUGGACGGUACAGAUGGAAACCAGCUGGAAGACAACUUGGAGGGUAGUGAGCAGAGACUCUUCUGGCAUGAAGACUCCAAGCCUGGAACAUUAGUCUGAAUGCAGUUGGACCUCUUGACCAAGCACUGCGCAUCCUCACACUGGUGUGCCUUGCAAAGUGUGUUCAUCUUCCUAGAAGGCUUUAGAAACUGAAGGCAUGAAAGAGUGAAGAGAAGAAGCCUCAUGUGGUUUGGAAGUGAAUCACAUACUCAGUUCCACAAAAGCCUCUGGAUGAGGACUUGCCUUUCAAACUGUCAGCAUUAACCUAUCAGUAAGGUCCGUGUGGAACUACUGCCAAGAGGACUGAUGUGAAGCCUUGACCCAAGUGAGCACUUAGGAAGAGGACAACAGUUGUCAAAGGCAAACUGCAAAACCUGGGGAUGUGUUCAGGGAGUUUGUCCCAUUGGAAAGGAGGACGGAAGAUUUCAGAGCACAGUUCAGGAUACUCAGAGAGGGCAAACCAGAGGCUCCUGAGUCAUGGCUCACCAUCACAAGGUUUAAACUCAUGAGCUGACAGAGAAUAACCUGGUAUUUCUACACAGACACGGACAAUUUAAACAGUAUUGGAAACUUACUUGAAGAGAAGUUGGAUUUUUCAUGAAGUUCUGAAUGAGUGUAAUUCUUUUCAGGAUAUUAAAAAGCGUGAUGUUUGUCGUAAGCACCAUAAUAUGGGUUCCGCUGUUCUCAUUGCUGUAGCAUCCUGUACUUUAACUUGAUGGGAGCUAGGGAAAGGAAGUAGCCCACUGAACACCUGGCCAGCGCUGCUUGGAGGACUUCCUGAAGGUACAAUCGCGCUGAGCCCCUUGUGCUUCCCAGUACCUGCCCGAUCCAUGAGUGACUGUUCAGACUGGUAACUCUCCACCUUGUUUAUCAUUUGAAACGAUAGAUGAGAGCUAGAAAAGUUUGUGUAAUCAUGAGCUUGAGAAAGUAUUUUGAGGUGAUAACAGAAGGACCCCCACAACAACAAAGCCAACCCACAUCAUUGUAGAUGAAUGUGUGCCUUACAGUGGUGAACAGUAGUGAUUGAACCUGUGAGCUGGAUUCCAGACAGAAUCCUGAGUCACAAAGUGAUUAAAAACACGAUUGAAAAAAAAUAAGAAGAAAUUGACUCCAAGCAGCAGUAAGACUGAAUUAUGAGGCUUCAACUACCUCAUACUUCCCUGGAAGAACUUAUUAGCUAGGCUUGUGGUAGGGUUUUGUUUCUUUUUAGAGCAAAUGAUUUCGUUGCUCCACAUCGAUCUUUACUCUGCUUCAGAAUUCCAUGAAAGGUGCUCCCUUCGUCUUCCCCUUUUAUACAAGCUUCGUGUUCAUAUUGUGAAUAGACACGUUUCUGAACAACUUUUUUGGAACAUUUUUCUAUCUAUAGCCCAAAGCAUGUAAUAUAUACGUAAAAAUGAUUUGUUAACCUGGUCCUUAGUCAUUUGUAUCAUUAGGAAUAAAGUUUGGGGGGAAAAAAGACAGAAGCAAAAAAAUAAUUUAUUCCUUUUUGCAUAUUUGUAUAGCCUUCUAGAAUUGGAAAUACCCUUUUGCAUAUUCUUUUACUGUUCUGACUUUUUAAGACCUGUUAUUUUUUUACGUAGGUCAAUAAACUAAAGGUGUGCAACUGAAAA